AACACCCCUCGACAUGCCACCAUCGUUACAAGAGAGAACAGUGAGCUCCUGCGAAUUGAACAGAAGGACUUCAAGGCGCUCUGGGAGAAAUAUCGACAGUAUAUGUCAGGACUUCUUGCUCCUCCAUAUGGUGUUAUGGAGACUGGCUCCAACAAUGACAGAAUGCCUGAUAAGGACAAUAUGUCUAGUAGUUGCUCCAUCUCCAAAAACAGCAAUAAGGUUCCAUCAGAAAAAAUCCUCCGUGCUGGAAAGGUACUACGGAAUGCAAUUCUCUCCAGAGCACCUCAUAUGAUAAGAGACCGCAAAUAUCAUCUGAAAACAUACAGGCAGUGCUGUGUAGGGACAGAACUAGUAGACUGGAUGAUGCAGCAAGGUUCGUGUGUUCAUGUGCGGACGCAGGCUGUGGGCAUGUGGCAGGUGUUGCUGGAGGAAGGUGUUCUCAACCACGUGGAUCAAGAGCAGCACUUCCAGGACAAAUACUUGUUUUACCGAUUUUUGGAUGAUGAGCAUGAAGAUGUGCCAAUGCUGACUGAGGAAGAGAAGAAAGAGUGUGAUGAAGAACUGCAGGACACCAUGCUUCUGCUCUCUCAGAUUGGACCAGAUGCCCACAUGAGGAUGAUUCUUAGAAAGCCGCCGGGCCAGAGAACUGUUGAUGACCUAGAAAUUAUCUAUGAAGAACUUCUGCACAUUAAGGCUUUAUCUCAUCUUUCAACAACAGUAAAGCGGGAGCUAGCAGGUGUUCUGGUGUUUGAGUCACAUCCCAAAGCAGGAACCGUCUUAUUUAACCAGGGUGAAGAAGGAACUUCUUGGUAUAUUAUUCUAAAAGGAUCAGUAAAUGUAGUCAUCUAUGGCAAGGGUGUGGUGUGUACCCUACAUGAAGGUGAUGAUUUUGGCAAGCUAGCAUUAGUGAACGACGCUCCCAGAGCAGCAUCCAUUGUUCUACGAGAAGACAAUUGCCACUUCUUGAGAGUAGACAAGGAAGACUUUAACAGGAUACUUCGGGACGUUGAAGCAAAUACUGUAAGACUUAAGGAACAUGACCAGGAUGUUUUGGUGCUGGAGAAGAUACCAGCAGGAAACAGGGCUGCCAAUCAGGGAAUCUCACAGCCGCCUCAGCAGAAGUAUAUUGUGAUGUCCGGAACUCCAGAGAAAAUUUUGGAACACUUCCUAGAAACUCUGCGCCUUGAAUCACCAUUGAAUGAAGGAUCAGAUACUGGUGUACAUGAUUUUGUGAUGAUGCACUGUGUGUUCAUGCCAAAUAGUCAGCUUUGCCCAGCUUUGAUGGCUCAUUAUCAUGCCCAGCCUUCCCAAGGAACAGAGCAAGAAAAAAUGGAUUAUGCCCUAAACAAUAAGAGGAGAGUCACUCGCCUCGUUUUGCUGUGGGCUGCUUUGUAUGGCGAUCUCCUGCCAGAGGAUGAGUCUGCAAUGGCCUUUCUGGAGGAAUUUUAUGUAUCUGUAUCAGAUGAUACAAGGGUGAUAACAGCACUCAAAGACCAGCUUCCAGAGCUAGAGAAAACUAUGAAACAGAUCUCCGAAGAAGCUAAAGCACCUCAGAAAAAGCACAAAGUUCUUUUGCAGCACUUUAACACAACGGAUGAAAGAACGCAAAAGCGCCAGCCCAUCAGGGGAAGCGAUGAAAUUUUGUUCAAGGUGUACUGCAUAGACCACACAUACACCACAAUACGCAUUCCAGUGUUGUCUUCUGUUAAGGAAGUCAUCAGUGCCGUUGCUGACAAGCUGGGAUCUGGAGAAGGCUUGAUAUUGGUGAAGAUGAGCUCUGGUGGAGAAAAGGUGGUGCUCAAACCCAAUGAUGUUUCGGUGUUUACAACGCUCAGUAUUAAUGGACGUCUCUUUGCAUGUCCUCGGGACCAGUUUGACUCACUGACACCGCUACAGGAACAAGAAGGGCCGUCUGCUGGGACUAUGGGAACAUUUGAACUCAUGAGUUCCAAAGACCUGGCAUACCAGAUGACCAUUUAUGAGUGGGAACUUUUUAACUGUGUGCACGAGCUGGAACUAGUCUAUCACACCUUUGGAAGGCACAAUUUUAAAAAGACUACAGCAAAUUUGGAUUUGUUUUUACGAAGAUUUAAUGAAAUCCAAUUCUGGGUGGUUACAGAGAUUUGCCUAUGUUCCCAGCUCAGCAAACGUGUUCAACUCUUAAAGAAGUUUAUUAAAAUAGCAGCCCACUGUAAGGAAUACAAAAAUCUGAAUUCUUUUUUUGCUUUAAUCAUGGGACUAAGCAAUGUUGCCGUGAGCCGCCUCACGAUGACAUGGGAGAAACUUCCAAGCAAGUUCAAGAAGAUCUAUGCUGAGUUUGAAAGUUUAAUGGACCCCUCAAGAAACCACAGGGCCUACCGGCUCACCGUAGCGAAGCUGGAGCCUCCUGUUAUCCCCUUCAUGCCUUUACUCAUAAAAGACAUGACCUUUACCCACGAAGGCAACAAGACGUUCAUUGACAAUCUAGUGAACUUUGAAAAAAUGCGCAUGAUUUCAAACACUGUCAGAACAGUGAAAUUCUGCCAGAGCCAACCUUUCAAUCCUGACGCAUCUCUGGCAAAUAAGAACCAUCAGGAUGUCCGGAGUUAUGUGCGGCAAUUAAGCGUGAUUGACAACCAGAGGACUUUAUCGCAGAUGUCACACCGGCUAGAGCCACGGCGUGCUUAA